AACACUAAACAAUGUGUCCUUUCACUUCAUGUUACAAGGUUGAUGUAUAGUACUAAAUACUUUGUACCCUCUACUAUAUUAUCCCCACAUUAAUUAAAUUUCAUUUCAUAUGGUCCACAAUUUCCCAACAUUUUUUAUGAUCCUCAAAUUUCUACCUUAAUAUUAUCAUGGGUUCCACAAUGCUUUCAUCCUUUUCCUUCUGCCACUUACUAUUUUUAUGUGUUUGUUCUUCAUCAAAAAACUGCAUUUUGGUGUACUGAUUAAGAGUUUGAGUAAUUUCUUGUAAUUAUGGAGAAAAACUCUGUUGAUUAUAGUCCUUUGCUUUCUAAGCAAGGUGAUGAAACUGAUGGUUAUGUUAAAAAGAUUUCACCUAAUUUUGUUGUGUCAGCUACCAAAUGGACUCUUAGGACUUUGAUUUCCAUAAUCUUUAUUAUAUGGGCUGCUUUCAUUUUUCUGUUACCAUCAGAAUCUGUGCAUGGAUUGUUCUCAAAAUGGCUUAAUUUCAGCAGUGAAACUUCCUUUGGAAUCACAGGAAGCAUUUUACUGAUUCUCAGUGCUCCUGUUCUUGCAAUUGCAUUUCUUGCCAUUGCAUACCUAAUUAUUUCUGGGGAGGAUCAGCUUCCUGAGAAGAAGAAUUCCAAGUAUCCAAGAUUUCGCCUAUGGACUUUUCCUAUCCUUAUAAAUGGACCAUUUGGGGUUGUUUCUGCAACAGAGCUCAUUGGAAUUGUCAUUUUUUUAGCUUAUGUUAUUUGGGCUUUCUAUGCUUAUACUAUGCAGGCUCUUGCAGCUAUGUCUGAUCAGUUAUCAUUUAGAGCCAAGAGCUUGCACAUGUUGGAAAUUUUGGGACUCCGUUCGGGCGGGAUUGGAUUAAUGUGCUUGGCGUUUUUAUUUAUACCGAUUUCAAGGGGAUCUGUUCUUCUCCGCUUCAUAGAUAUCCCUUUCGAACAUGCUGCAAAAUAUCAUGUAUGGCUAGGACACCUCACAAUGGUGAUUUUUACUCUCCAUGGACUCUUCUAUGUUAUUGAGUGGCUAAUGGAAGGUCACCUAAUUCAAGAAUUAUUAGAAUGGAAAGAUAUUGGUGUUGCCAAUCUAGCAGGAGUUAUCAGCCUUGUAGCUGGUUUGUUGAUGUGGGUGACCUCGCUUCCUGGAGUGCGGACGUGGAAUUUUGAGCUGUUUUUCUACACUCACCAAUUAUACAUAAUCUUUAUUGUGUUUAUGGCUUUGCAUAUUGGCGACUUUAUUUUUGCUAUGGCUGCUGGACCAAUAUUUCUUUUUGUGCUUGAUCGAUUUCUGAGGUUUUGCCAAUCAAGAAAGACAGUGAAUGUAAUCUCGUCGAGGUGCCUUCCUUGUGGCACUGUGGAAAUGGUCCUGUCAAAACCACAAAAUUUGAGAUACAAUGCCCUAAGCUUCAUUUUCCUUCAAGUUCGGGAAUUAUCGUGGCUUCAGUGGCAUCCAUUCAGUGUUUCUUCUAGCCCUUUGGAUGGAAAAAAUCACAUUGCUGUUCUCAUUAAGGUUCUUGGAAAAUGGACCGGGGGGUUAAGAGAAAGAAUCACUGAUGGUGAUGCAACAGAAGAUUUAUCUGUUCCGCCUCAUAUGGUGGUAACAGCUUCGGUUGAGGGGCCAUAUGGACAUGAAGUACCAUAUCACUUGAUGUACGAAAACCUUAUAUUAGUGGCAGGUGGUAUUGGACUUUCACCUUUCCUUGCUAUAUUGAGCGAUAUUCUCCAUCGUGUGAGGGAGGGGAAACCUUGUCGACCAAGAAAUAUUUUAAUUGUUUGGGCAGUGAAAAAGUCAAAUGAGCUUCCACUUCUUUCAACCGUUGACAUGGAAACAAUCUGUCCAUGCUUUUCUGAUAAAGUAAAUAUCAAUGUACAUAUUUUCGUCACUCGAGAGUCAGAUCCUCCAUUGGAAGAGGGAUACAAUUACAAACCAAUAAAAUCACUAUGCCCCUUUCCUAUGCCUAGUGAUUAUGGAAUGUCUGGUUUGGUUGGUACAGGAAACAAUUUUUGGUCUGGACUAUAUGUCAUUUCAUCUACCUUAGGCUUUGUGAUCUUACUUGCUUUGUUGAAUAUAUACUAUAUAAAUCCAGUUGGUGUGGUUAUAUGGUGGUACAAAGGGCUACUACUUGUAGUCUGCAUGGUUGCAAGUGUUGUUAUCUUUGGUGGUAUAGUGGUUGGAUUUUGGAAUAUGUGGGAAAAACAAAGUUCUCUGAAGGAUAAGUCCAAUAACAUCAAGGUUGAUAAAAUUGAGCAAAAUGGCUCUGUUGAUCACAAGGAUCUAACUCAAUACAAUAUUGCAAAGUUAACUACCAUUCGCUAUGGUUCUAGGCCAGACUUUAAAGAGAUUUUUGAAUCAAUGUCAGAGAAAUGGGGCCAUGUUGAUGUAGGUAUUCUAGUUUGUGGUCCUCCAACUCUUCAGUCAAGUGUUGCACAAGAAAUCAGGUCACAUAGUUUAACAAGACAACCUUAUCACCCCAUCUUCCAUUUCCACAGUCAUAGCUUUGAUCUCUAGCUUCCUUCCUAUAAUGGAAAGAUGGAAGACAUACCUUCACCAAUGGAAAAGCAUGCAUAUAUAUUGUAUAUAUCGUAUCAGGUUCUCCGAGAGAGAUUAGUCAUCAGCAAAUUGUCAAGUGAAUAUUUUGCACCUGUAAUAUGGCAACAAAAAAAUAUUUAGUGGCAAAUAGAAAUUCAAUUAUGCAGUCCAUUGUAAGAUAAAAAGGUACUGUAAUCCUUAAAAGGUCUCUAUAAGGAACUUUGAGUGGGAUAAUAUUGAUUACUCCUUAUGUGAAUAUUAUCAUUAGAUGUAUUAUGUGCAAUUUCAGAUAUCCUAUAUAAGCAUAUCCUAUAUAAA